UUUCCAUGCAGGGGUGGGGGGGUGUUCAGUGGGGAUUUUAACUGCCCGGCUCCAAUAACUCAUGCCCCCCCCACUCCAAAAAUGGCCUAAACCACACAAAAACUCCACUUCAAAAUGAACGUGGGCAGGAGAAGAAUCACUUUCAAAAAUUCCAUUACCUAAAAAAUAAAUGCGGGUGGGGGGAAAUGAUCUUUUUUUUUUUUUUUAAACCAAGACGGGAAUAACCAGCUCCUUUGGGAAACUAACAGCAAGAAUAUUAUUAGGCAAUUUUAGUGAGUAUUCGUCAGGGGUCUCUCAUGUCUCUGUCUCUGCAUCCUGGUCACCCCCAUUGUCCACCUCCCCUUGCCUAGAAAUCCAACUUUUCAGCAAGAAGCAAAGGGGUGUGUUUUUUAAACAUUUGGUUGAGUAGAAACCAAACUCUGUCCAUGUCCCCUCCUGGUGCCCGUUUCAUUGCUUUUCCUUCCUUUGCUCAGUACAAAAUCUGCACGGCUCCCGCCAAGCCCUGAGGAGGAGGAGGGGAAGAUUGUGACUGAAACUCUUCCAAGAAUGGUGUUAUUCCCAACCCUCUUCCUGGUGCUGUGUGGCGUGGCCUUCCUUGCCAGGGUGCCGUUGAAUGGCUACGUCCUUCUCAUCGCUGGCUGCCAUGUGGAGAGGACGGCCAGUACCGUGUGGUUCUGGAACCGGGCCAUGACCGAUUUCAUCUUUAUCGUCUUCCUGCCUCUCCGAUUCAUUUCCAUUUUCAUCCUCGACUUAGACUGGGCCAAGAGUCUGAGCAACACCGUCUCCUCCUUCCACAUGUUCUCCAGCGCCUUCCUCCUCACAGCCCUUAGUGUCGAUCGCUGCAUCCUCGUGGCACGCCCUGCAUGGGCCCGGAACCACUGCACACCCCCACUAUCUUUCAGGAUGGUUGUGGGCUUGUGGGCCCUGUCUGUUGGUUUCAGCUUGAGGUAUGGUGAUCUCUGGGAAUCCCUGCUCUCACCUGCCAACACCAGCAUGUAUUUCUGACUGGAGAAAGAGAGGGUGAAGGCCGCCGUUACGAUCCAGUUCCUGGUCGGGUUUCUGAUCCCAUUAGCCUUGAUCCUGAUCCCAAAAUUCUACAUUGUUCUAGCUGCCAAGCUGAGAAGGAACAGGCUGAUCCAGUCCACCACGCCACUCAGGAUCCUUCUUGGCUUGAUCCCGACCUUUUUCCUCUGCUGGCUGCCGUAUCACGUCUUCUCCUUCCUGCAGAUCUCAGCUAAGUACCUUCUGCCUCUUCUGAACAUAGGAAGCACUUUUGCUUGGGUCCUGACAUAUUUCAGCAGCUGCCUCAACCCCAUCUUCUACCUCACCAUGGAGGAAGAGUUUCUGAGGUAGUGGCAACGUGCACGCAACCCCCAAACCACUGACAAUUCGGGGCCAGAGCUGGCUGAAUAG